AUGAUCAGGACUUAUAAGUGUAAGCAAAUGAGGAAGCAUGAAGAGCUUGAGGCCAAAGACAAUACUUCCACAGUGACAGAGUUUGUGCUCAUAGGAUUUUCUGAUCUUCCCAACCUUCAAGGGUUUCUAUUUGCAGUGUUUUCUGUACUUUAUAUAAUUAUCCUGAUUGGAAAUUUCUUCAUAAUCAUUAUAAUCAGUAUGGAACAAGCAUUACAGAAACCAAUGUAUUUCUUUCUGGCAAAUUUUUCCUCUCUGGAAAUCUGUUAUGUAUCUGUUACUAUCCCAAGGAUUCUGUUCAACAUUGGGACACAAAACCGAAGCAUUUCAUUGAUGUCCUGUGCCAUACAAAUGUCCUUCUUCCUUGUUUUUGGUACUACUGAAAGUUUGCUUCUGGCUGUAAUGUCUUAUGACCGCUAUGUGGCCAUCUGCCACCCUCUGCUCUAUCCUCUGGUCAUGAACCCAUCAAAAUGCACACAAUUGGCAGUAGGCUCUUGGCUUGGAGGCAUCCUAGUCCAAAUAGGGCAAACCUGGCAGAUAUUCUCUAUGCAUUUUUGUAAUUCUAACAAAAUUAACCACUUCUUCUGUGACAUACCACCAAUUCUCAAGCUGGCUUGUGGAGACACUUCAGUGCAUGAACUGUCUGUCUAUGUGGUUGUUAUGGUGGUAGAUGCACUCCCCUUUAUACUGGUGCUUACAUCCUACAGCAAAAUCAUUGUCACCAUCUUGAGAUUGCCAACAGCCACAGGGCGUGCAAAGGCCUUCUCCACAUGUUCUUCCCACCUGCUGGUGGUACUGCUGUUUUAUGGAUCUGCUACUAUUACAUAUUUGAGACCAAAGUCCAUGCAUUCUCCAGGAACUGACAAACUGCUCUCUCUGUUCUACACCAUUGUGACUCCCAUGUUCAAUCCACUGAUAUACAGCCUUAGGAACAAGGAAGUGAUUUCUGCUUUGAGGAAAUUACUUUUUUAA